AGCAGACAGAAGUUGUGUGUCGGUGAACAGAGAGAGCUCUCAGUCUGGGGCGAGCACUCUAGUCAGUGCAGACGGAUGCUUAGGCAGUAGUCCUGGCAGCGGCAGCGGUGGCAGUUGUGGUGGCAGGAGGAGAGGGGAGGGGGGAGGUCCCCAAGGGCUACACACGCUCACACUUUCAAGUUCCCGUGCAGGUUAAGGAGGUGGGGCUGCUAAAAGAGGACUCCAGGAGCUGUCCCAUCUGUCCCGUCCCGUCUCCCCCUCUUCCUCUUUCUCCCUGCCCCCUGGCUCUGCGAGAGUUCAGGGUUCGGGUGGCCAUACGUGGCAGUGAGGGCAAGAGGGCCAGGAGAGUGGGAAGUAGAGACAGGGGUGCGGGGCAAGAUGCCCAUCCUGCUGUUCCUCAUAGACACGUCCGCCUCCAUGAACCAGCGCACUGACCUGGGCACCUCCUAUUUGGACAUUGCCAAAGGCGCUGUGGAGUUAUUUCUGAAGCUGCGCGCCCGGGACCCGGCCAGCCGCGGAGACAGGUACAUGCUGGUCACCUACGAUGAGCCCCCGUACUGCAUCAAGGCUGGUUGGAAGGAAAAUCACGCAACAUUCAUGAGCGAACUAAAAAAUCUUCAGGCUUCUGGACUGACUACUCUUGGUCAGGCUCUAAGAUCCUCAUUUGAUUUGUUAAAUCUCAAUAGAUUAAUAUCUGGAAUAGACAAUUAUGGACAGGGAAGAAAUCCAUUUUUUUUAGAACCAUCUAUUUUAAUUACCAUCACAGAUGGAAACAAGUUAACAAGUACUGCUAGCGUUCAAGAUGAGCUUCAUCUUCCUUUAAAUUCUCCUCUGCCUGGAAGUGAACUAACCAAAGAACCUUUUCGUUGGGAUCAAAGGUUAUUUGCCCUGGUGUUACGUUUGCCUGGAGUGGCUUCUACUGAACCAGAGCAACUAGGGAGUGUACCCACAGAUGAAUCAGCCAUCACACAGAUGUGUGAAGUCACAGGAGGUCGCUCCUACUGUGUUAGGACACAAAGAAUGUUGAAUCAGUGUUUAGAAUCUCUAGUUCAAAAAGUUCAGAGUGGUGUAGUUAUUAAUUUUGAAAAGACGGGACCAGAUCCACUUCCUGUUGGAGAAGAUGGACUUAUGGAUUCAUUUAGGCCAAGCAAUUCAUUUGCUGCUCAACCAUGGCAUAGUUGUCAUAAACUCAUUUAUGUACGACCUAACUCUAAAACCGGUGUUCCUGUUGGACAUUGGCCAAUUCCAGAAUCUUUUUGGCCAGAUCAGAAUUUACCUUCACUACCUCCACGAACAUCUCAUCCUGUUGUGAGGUUCUCCUGUAUAGACUGUGAGCCAAUGGUAAUAGACAAACUGCCCUUCGACAAAUAUGAACUUGAACCCUCUCCCUUGACUCAGUACAUCUUGGAACGAAAAUCUCCCCAUACCUGCUGGCAGGUAUUUGUUACUAGUAGUGGAAAAUACAAUGAACUUGGAUAUCCAUUUGGUUAUUUAAAAGCUAGUACAACUUUAACUUGUGUGAACCUCUUUGUGAUGCCUUACAACUACCCAGUUUUACUUCCUCUUUUAGAUGACUUGUUCAAAGUUCACAAGCUUAAGCCAAAUCUGAAGUGGCGACAGGCUUUUGACAGCUACUUAAAAACUCUGCCUCCAUACUACUUAUUACCAUUAAAGAAAGCACUAAGGAUGAUGGGAGCUCCAAAUCUGAUAUCAGAUAAUUUAGAUUGUGGACUUAGUUACAGUGUUAUCUCUUACCUUAAAAAACUCAGCCAACAGACCAAACUAGAAUCAGACCGAAUACUAGCAUCAGUGGGGAAGAAACCUCCCCAGGAAAUUGGUAUCAAAGUGAAAAAUCAUUCUGGAGGUGGUGUGUCCUUGGUUCACAAUAAGAAUUUUAGAAAACUAUUGAAAGAGAUUACAGGGGAAACUGCACUGAGACUGACAGAAUUGAAUACCAAAGAAUUUGCUGGCUUCCAAGUAGGGAUCUUAAACAAGGAUUUGAAACCUCAGACAUACAGAAAUGCUUAUGAUAUUCCACGCAGAGGUCUUUUGGACCAGUUGACCAGAAUGAGAUCCAAUCUGCUGAAAACCCACAAGUUUAUUGUUGGACAAGAUGAAGAUUCCCUUCAUAGUGUUCCAGUUGCACAAAUGGGUAACUAUCAGGAAUAUCUAAAGACAGUGGCCUCCCCAUUACGAGAGAUUGAUCCAGACCAACCAAAACGACUGCAUACUUUUGGCAAUCCAUUUAAACAAGAUAAGAAGGGAAUGAUGAUUGAUGAAGCAGAUGAGUUUGUAGCAGGGCCACAGAACAAAGUGAAACGUCCUGGAGAACUCAACAGUCCUAUGUCAUCUAAGAGAAGGCGGAGUAUGUCCCUGCAGUUGAGGAAACCACAAACACCGCCUACUGUAACUAACCAUGUGGGCGGAAAGGGACCACUCUCAGCCUCGUGGUUCCCAUCUUAUCCAAACCUCAUAAAACCCACCCUUGUACAUCCAGAUGCCACUGUCAUUCAUGAUGUGCAUGAAGAGAAGAUGGAAAAUGGGCAAACCCCACCUGAUGGCUUCUUGUCAAAAUCUACUCCAGCAGAGCUUAUGAACACAACAGGAGAUGGUGUCCCACCCAACCAAUUGGAUUCUCUGUCUGAUGACUUCACUAGUCUCAAGAGAGAUGGACCAUUUCACAAACUUGGUAAUAACAUACUUAGAGGAGGAGCCCCAAAUUGCAAUCUCUCUGUGGAUGACCAAAAAAUUGCAGUAGUAUCUACUUUGGGAACUGCACCAAAUGCAUUGCAGAUCACUCCUGCAAUGGCACAAGGAAUCAAUGCUGAUAUCAAACAUCAAUUAAUGAAAGAAGUUCGAAAGUUUGGACGAAAGUAUGAAAGAAUCUUCAUUUUGCUUGAAAAAGUGCAAGGACCUCUGGAGAUAAAGAAGCAGUUUGUUGAAUUUACCAUCAAGGAAGCUGCAAGGUUUAAAAGACGAGUCUUAAUUCAGCAACUUGAGAAGGUGCUAGAAAAAAUAGAUUCUCAUCACCUUCUCAACAAUGUGAAUCACAUCAACAGCAGAUCAUCAAGUUAAUGCAGAAACAAGUGAAAAAAAAGAUAAGAUUUCUGAGCUGUAGGACUGGUCAGGAUAUUGUUGAAGCCUCAAAGAGUCUAAGUGGCAGAGCUUUAAAUUUUAUGAUUAUCUGGCAGUAAAAGUUGGACUUUUGCCUUAAAAAUUUUUGUGAAAAGCAUCAUUUUUAAAAAAUUUUCUUGUUUAUUUUCCCAAUUAAAGGAAAGUGGUGGUGUUAAUUCAGUAGGCUAACUUCAUAAAACCCUGCUGUCCCUACCACAGGCAAUAAGGGAAUCACUCAUUUAAACUGCCAUUUCAGGCAUUUUCAAAGUAAUGAGGGGCUACCUGCAAGUGGAACACCACUUGAUGUUCUUACAAUGUCUUUUAGAAAGAAUAAGCUUACAGAAUCCAAGUAUUAGUCAUGUGUGUGCUAAACAGAACUUUCAACAAUUCCUAGUUGUGCCUUUUAAACCAUGCAAUAUUUUGGAAAGUUUGAAUCAAAGAGUAAGAAGCUGCUAUUUGGGUAACUUAUUUCUCUGUGGGAAAGGGCAGGGAGAGUCACCAAACAGUCUACCUCCAACUCUCUUGUAUUUUGUCUAAAGACAUUACAAAGUGCACCUGAGGCUGCCCUAUGCUCUGGCUUUUGUUCUUGCAUGUGAUAACAGAACAUCUUCAGGUGGACUUAAGUGCUUUGGAAGCACUAAAAGAAAAAAAAUGUGUAUGUGUCCUUUAAUGUUUAUAUAAAAGUUUAUAUGGAACAGUAUUGUUAUGUUUGUAUUAUUUGUAAAAAUUUAAGUAUUCAAAGAGAUUUUUGACUUUGCAUAUAAAAAAUAAAUCAUUUUAUUGAUUUUUCA